UAAAGAUAUGAAGGGAAAAAAAUUUUUUUUUUGAGCUUCGUAAAGAUUUGGCCAAGGACCGUCAUCAUUGCAAUGUAGUUUUUGAUUUGAAGAAAAAAAAUCAUUUUAAGAAGAAAUAUUCUCUCUUUCGAGCAUCAUUUUUUUUCACCAUUAUUAUUUUUUGUGUUUAGGCGGACUUGUUUUUUUUAUACGAAUAGAAUUAUUAUUAUUGGUCGUUUUAAUAAGAUUACUUUUUGCUUGAAAGAUAUAUCCCACACACAUUAUUUCAUUUCACUUCACCUUUAUGAUGAUGAUGAUGAUUAUUAAUUGAACAAACACACCACACCACACAUACCAUAUAUGUGUGUUUGGCUAAAAAAAACAAGCUUCAAUGAUGAUCAUCGGCAGUAGUUGUUGAUGACUGGUUGGUCAUAGUCACUUUUUAUUCGGGUUUUUUUCUUGUCGAUCGAAGAAACAAAUUUUUCAUUUCAAAGUUUUGGUGAUGAUUUUAUGAAAAAAAAAUAUUCUUUUUGAUUCUCUGUGUGUUUGUGUGAUAAUCAAUGAUGAUGGAUUCAACUCAAAUGACCAAAGCUCUCGAUCAUAAUGACGAUAAAAAUGAUUCAACAAACAACAAAAAAACCAAACGUCGUAUGAUGAGAAAAGAAAAUAUCUGUCAACAAGUAUCGACGAAAACGAAAUAUAAUCUUCGAAUUAAAUCCAGUAAUUCAGCUUCAACGACUACUUCAUCAUCAUUUCAGCAAUCAAAUAAUUCGAAUCGAAACAAUAUUAAUUCUUUACGUGAAUCAUCAUUACGUAAUAAUAAUAAACAUAAACCACCACCAUUAAGUAAAUAUCGUCGUAAAACGGCAAAUCUACGUGAACGUUAUCGUAUGCAAGAAAUUAAUGAUGCAUUUAAACGUUUACAAAGUGUUGUACCGGAUAUAUUUUCCAUUACCAAUGUUGGUAAUGCAACUACGGCGGCUGAUGAAUGUUCCAAUUCUUCUUCAUCCUGCUCCAUUUCGACAAACAAUCAAAAUUCAAUGGCAAAAUUAACCAAAAUUAAUACACUUAAAUUAGCUGUAAAUUAUAUAUCAGCAUUAACACAAUUAUUACGACAAACAGAAACAGAAACAAUCGAACAAACAAUUGAUGAAAAUCAUUAUCAUUAUGAUAAAAAGAACGACACUAUCGAUACUAUCAAUAAAUCAGCAACUAACUCAGCAACAACAAUGAUGACAAAUGACGAAUCAACAUUUUCCAAUCUAAAUCCUCGUGAUAAUUGCCAAAUUCAUCAUCAUCAUCAUCAAACGUCAUCAAACAUUAUUGGUACAUCGAUUAAUAAUUUUCAUGAACAAUAUUUAUUCAAUAGCAAUCAUAAUCAACAACAACAAUCAAGUGAUAAACAACAACAGGUCGAAAGAAAAUCCUGUUUUCUAGAAUUUAAUUUAGAUCAGAAAAAAAAUCCUUAA